AUGGGAUGGAACAGUUGCAAAGAGCAAAACAUGGUGGAUGAAAAUCAUUGUGUUGAAGUGAGAUCUCGAAUUCAUCCUUCAAGGAAUAUGCGGUGCGUGGAAAUAGUGGGAGCACCAGUUACCAUGAGAGAAUUAUAUUCAACUCGAUGGUCUAUAUUCGGUCAAGAGUUUUUAAAAGAGAAAAAGUUUCGUGAAGAAACGACCUCGUUUGGUGACACAAAAUUCGCUGCGGGACGUCCUACUAAUGUUAGCAGAGCAGUGUUUAUUUGUGAGUAA